AUGGAAAGGGAUGCAGUUCUCAGUUUCCUUCUCUGUCUCUUUCUCCUUCCCUCUCUGCUCUGUGCAGGUUUGCUAGACUGCUGCGCGAGGUGCCUUGUUGGGGCCCCCGUUGCCUCUCUGGUAGCCACUGGCCUGUGUUUCCUAGGAGUGGCCCUCUUUUGCGGCUGUGGACAUGAAGCACUCACAGGCACAGAGCAUCUGAUCGAGACCUACUUCUCCAAAAACUACCAGGACUAUGAGUACCUGGUGGAUGUGAUCCAUGACUUCCAGUACGCCAUUUACGGUGUCGCCGGCUUCUUCUUCCUCUUUGGAGCCCUCCUGCUGGCCGAAGGCUUUUACACCACGGGCGCUGUCAGGCAGAUCUUUGGCGACUACAAGACCACCAUCUGUGGCAAGGGCCUGAGCGCUACGUUUGUGGGCAUCACCUACGCCUUGGCCGUCCUCUGGCUCCUGGUGCUGUCCUGCUCCGCGGUGCCUGUCUACAUCUACUUCAACACCUGGACGACGUGCAACUCCAUCGCCAACCCCAGCAAGACUGCUGCCGGCAUUGGCAACCUCUGCACUGAUGCCAGGAUGUACGGAGUCCUGCCCUGGAAUGCCUCCCCAGGAAGAGUCUGUGGCCAGAGCCUCCUCUCCGUCUGCAAGACAUCUGAGUUCCAGAUGACUUUCCACCUGUUUAUUGCUGCCUUUGUGGGAGCUGCAAUCACUCUGGUGGCCCUGCUCACUUUCAUCAUCGCCGCCACCUACAACUUUGCAGUCCUGAAGCUGAUGGGUCGGGGCACAAAGUUCUAAGCAGCGAGGGAGAGGCACCGUCGCCACCAUUGCAAGAUGCUCUCCCCUCCUCUAACUGCCAGGCUUUAACCCGAGACGGCUGCUCCUCCUCCGCGCCAAGUCUCCUCCUUUAACGCCGCUGCCUGACUCCCCGUUUCCCCCCUUUUCCCCUCUAGAAGUUGUUUGGAGCGGAGCGAGCAAGCGCAAAGGGAGACUCCAUGCACCCCAAACACACACCUCUCCAGGGCGGAUGGACUGUUGCUCCGUGACCCCUUGGCUCUCUCUCUGUCUUGGCCUCACAGUGGCCCAGGGCACCAAAAUGAUUCCCAGAUAGCAAGACAGCGGGUCUGUUUCCUUAUUCCUCUCCAGAGAAACCCCAUCUGUUAUGGGCCGAGGCCGUCCCUGGCUCAGAGAGAGAAGGGCAUGAGCUCAAGAAGAAAGAAGAACUGGACAUUGCUGGUCACUGCUUGGGUCAGCUGAGGGUGGGGGGUUGGAGCAAGGAUCUUUCCAAGAUGGGAAGAGAGCACUGACCCCAACCAACCCAAGGCCAACGGGAGCUCCUUCUCCAACCAAAAGCAGGAAGGAGCUUGGAGACCUCUGUCUCAUAGUUGUGGAAGGUUGUCCUUUUCUUCACACAUUGAGCAGGGAAGAGCCAAACCAUUCCUCUCAGGUACCCAAUGCUGCCAUUACUAACCUGUUGGGCACAAACUGGUCUUC